UUACGGAUUUUGUAAGCGUCCUCCCCCUGUCGCUGCUUGCAUGAAUUUCGUUCGUUGGCGUCUUCCCUCUCGCACAGUGUGUCUCUGCUCGCAGCGAUUGCGACAAUGGUUCUGUGUUGGCUGACUUGUCGUUGAUGCCAGACCUGUACCGCAGGCUGCCUUUGCUGCUGCUCAUCGUUGUCGUCUUCCACAUCUGUUUCCUCGGUCGCGUUCCUGGAAGGAAACAGACGCGUCGAAUGGCGAAGAGGGCGACGAAGAUGGAUAAGCUUCAGACGAAGACGACGCUGUCGGUGGGAGGCGGGGGGUCCUCGCGUCAGUGUUGCAACAGUGCGGAAGGCGGCAGGAGGCCGUACGACCCGACGCUACACGCAUCGACGCCGACGUACACUGAUUUGCUGGAGGGCCGGACCCCCGCUGGUUACGACGCUGGACUCGUCAAUCUGAGCUUCGGUCUUAGGUCUGGGAGUGGCGAGGGCCUGACGCACACUGUUCUCGUUAACCCGGCUUCUGCCUCGAAACACACAUCGCCUUCCGUGAGGGCGGCCGGCCCCGCGGAUAGCCAUGGAUUCGUUUCGCCGAGGCGGGUGGAUUUGAGUAGAGCAAGUGUGGCAGUGUCGAAGACGAAGACAGUCGGAUUGGCAGGCUGUCGAACGACGACGCCAGGCGGUGCAAUCGACGGAGAAGGAGACGACGACGAGCGCGACGCCACGGAGGUCGUCGAUCGUCAGUUUUGGGAUGAUGAACGACAACGAUUGCGUUCCACGAGCACGGCCAGCAUAAGGAGAGGGGUGGCGAGAAUCAGUGUGGGGGCCGAAGAAGAAUUUCAGGACUGCGCUGGUGGAGGGGGCGAGGAGAUCGCUGCAGACGACGGCGGUGAUGACAACGACGAAGACGAAGACAGCGAGAUGGAGAUUCGUCCAAUAGGGAGGAAGCGCGGAGGGUCGACGGCGAGAACCAAGGUCAGAGAAUCGCGCACGGGGCAGAAAGGCAAGAAGUGCGGCGAAGAAUCGUCGGCAGGCGACGGAACAAAAAGCAGGGAUUUUUGGACAGUGGAGCAUAUGAUCGCUCUUAUCAGAGCCAAAAGAGACCAGGAUUCGCAUCUGGACGGCCUGGGGCACAACUACGGACGGAUGAAGACGAAGACAUGGAAGUGGGAGGACGUGGAGAAGAGGCUGGUGCAGAUGGGGGUGACCAGGAAGGCGAAAAGAAACAGUGGAUUGGGCGACGAUGGGGAGACCCAAAAAGGCAGAGGGCACAUACCGAAGUUGAAAAGGCCGCGCUUCGAUGACGACAACUCUGAACAUAGUGGGGAUUCGCACGACGAGGAAGAGUCGAUGGUGGAUGCACAAGGGGCGGACGUCGUGAAGGGAUUGGGGUUUGGGCGGGAUGGGGUGUCGAGGGAGCAGCUGGCCGUUGUGAAGCAAGGCUUGCUCGGUGGUGUCGCCGCGGGGACUUCAGGGUUGGAAAAAACACCAUCCGCGCAAAAGGUCGACACGACGACGGGCAGUGGUCGGACGGCGGUGGCGGACAACACCACUGCGAGCGGAGUUGCGGAGGGUGCGGGAGAGGAGAGGGUUGAUGACGUCCGCCGCGAUGAUGGGAGGAAGGAUGCAAGGGGGGGGGCGGAUGAUGACGACGACCGUCCGGUUACGGCGAUGGUGAAGAAAGGGGUUAAAGCCAUUGAGGGAGCUCUUCCAGGAGCGGAACCGCCUUCGAUGCUGGUAAUGCCGCCGAAUGAUGUGCCGCGCUUCAAGAUCGACGACCCUGCGCAGCGUGAACCGGCUCUGCGCAGAGCGCGCAACGUGGAGAAAGUGGUGUUGCGUGCCAUCCACGGCUGGAUCUUCAAAUCGUCAUCGAGGUCGACAAGCUUCGCUCGUGCAGAAUCGUACGUGACAUUGGACUUCGCAACAGACGUCGCGCGAAAAGUCUGGCAGGCUUUAGAAUGGUCGAGAGUCAUUUCCCCUGCCCUUGUCUACCACACGCUGACGAUGAAGAUGGACGUGCCUCUAUGGUUCACUGGAGUGAAGAUUGUGGAUAGGCCCGAAGACGACGACAUGACGGCGCGGCAGGAGGCGACAGUUCUGCGCCUUGCAGACUGCUGGACAGAUGUAGUUUGGUGCGGGCAAUGGGCCGACGGUGGCCGCAUGAAACAAGAUAGGUUGACGCGCCUUGCGGAUUGUCUUCGAGUUCUGUUGAUCGCGUGCAUGUGGAUCAUGCGGAUGGGCGGUGAUGACGACCGCUCGCACUACGAGGCAUCAUUCUACGCGUCCAUGGUCGCCAAACCGAGACUCAUAGCGGCGGGCUCCUACAUCUUCAACUGGCGGCGGCACAUCGUUGACAGCGCCAACCUCGUCUUGGAUCGUUUGGGGAAGGCCCACCUCACGCUGGGAGAUUACAUGCAUUGCAUCCCCGAAUGGGCCGAUUGCGGAUUGGUUUUCGGUCACAACGCGACCCUCAAGAAUGCAGCGAAAGCAGCAAAACACGGGUGUAUCGGCAGCGGCCCACCGGCCCCCACCGGCGGAUGAUGAUGGCGAUGACGAGAAGUGACACGUGGUUCAUCCGCAAGGCCGCGGAGGGAUGGGGGCGACGGUGGGGGGGAAUGAUGGUGGGGGUGGGGGGUGUUGUAUGGAAGAUGAGAUGGCCGGUCGCCGUUCCUGCGCAGCACUCCAUGGCGAUGGAUGGGUACAACCCCUCCAUCGCGCUACACGUGUUGUCGUUGAUGGUCAUGGUUGGAGCGUGCAGAUCGGUGGUGUCGCGACGUCGACAGUCG